CCUCUUCCUCCCUGCCCCUCCCUUCCUCCCCCCCUGCCCUUUGCUCUCCCCUCGUUACGCUCCCUUCUCCCCCAUCCCUGCUGCCCUCUUACACCAUCAGCAGCCCUCCCCACGACCAGCCCCCCUCCCACCCUUCAAUCCCCCCCUCCCUCUCUCUCUCUCUCUCUCUCUCUCUUUCUCACACGCACACACACACGCACACACUCCCCUCCCCCACCCCCCCCCACCUACAUCCUCCCAUUCUGCCCCUCCCUGCCCCUUUCCCACCCCCUCGCACGCCCCUCACCUCCCACCUCCGUGCAACUGGUUUCCCCCCUAUGGUGCCACCCUUGCAUCGCUCGCCCCUCUGCUCACCCUCUCCCGCCCCUUUUCCGUGCCCUCAGUUGGCCCAGCCCCUGCCCGUUGCUGCCCCUCCCCUUGCCCCCUCAACUCCCCUGCCCCCCGUACACCCCAAGUCCCAUCCAACCGCCCCCACACCUCCCCCGGCUGCCCGUUUCCGCUCUCCACCCCCGCGACCGUGUGCGGCUUCCAACCGCCCAACGUGGUGCGCACGGGGCGUUUCUUCGCAUGGGCAGCCUCCCCGGGGGCCCCCCACCCCGCUGUCACACCCCCUGCCCCCUCAUGCCAUCCGCUCCCCCCGCCCCUACCCUCCGCGUGCCCGCUCCCUUGCCGCCUCUUUUGACCCUCCCUGCCCCCCCUCGCCGUUUCCCACCGGCCCGCCAUUCGCUCCUCCCCGCCCGUGCGCUCCCCUCCUUUACCUUCUCCUCCCCCCUCCCCUCCUCUGCUGCACGCCUCUUCCUUCCCCUCGCCGACCCACUCCACUCCCUGCCCCUCCUCAAUCCGCACCCUGCCCCUCGUAUCUCGCCCCCCUAUGCUUGGUUUCUCCCCUCCCUGCCCCUCGCCGCCUUUCCCCGCUCCCCACCUCCCCCCUCUCCCCUGCCCCCCCCACUCUCCCCCCCCCCUUGUCCUUGGCUUCCUACCUCCCUGCCUCACCUUUCCCCCCUCCGUGUGCUCAGCUUCUCCCCUCCCUGCCCCUCCCUCCUCCCCGCCCUGCCCCUCAUUUUCCGCCCCCCCCCCCCCCCACGCCCGGUUUCUCCCCUCCCCGCGCCUCCCUUUCUUUCUCCGUGCCUCUCCUUUGCUCCCUCCCUGCCCCCGCCUGCCCAUGCCCCUGUCUUUGGCUUCUCCCCUCCCUGCCCCACCCUCUUCCCUCCCUGCCCCUCCCUUCCUCCCCCCCUGCCCUUUGCUCUCCCCUCGUUACGCUCCCUUCUCCCCAUCCCUGCUGCCCUCUUACCACCAUCAGCCCAUCCCCACGACCAGCCCCCCUCCCACCCUUCAAUCCCCCCCUCCCUCUCUCUCUCUCUCUCUCUCUCUCUCUUUCUCACAACGCACACACACACGCACACUCCCCUCCCCCACCCCCCCCCACCUACAUCCUCCCAUUCUGCCCCUCCCUGCCCCUUUCCCACCCCCUCGCACGCCCCUCACCUCCCACCUCCGUGCAACUGGUUUCCCCCCUAUGGUGCCACCCUUGCAUCGCUCGCCCCUCUGCUCACCCUCUGCCCGCCCCUUUUCCGUGCCCUCAGUUGGCCCAGCCCCUGCCCGUUGCUGCCCCUCCCCUUGCCCCCUCAACUCCCCUGCCCCCCGUACACCCAAGUCCCAUCCAACCGCCCCCACCCUCCCCCGGCUGCCCGUUUCCGCUCUCCACCCCCGCGACCGUGUGCGGCUUCCAACCGCCCAACGGUGGUGCGCACGGGGCGUUUCUUCGCAUGGGCAAGCCUCCCCGGGGGCCCCCCACCCCGCUGGGUCGUUUCACACCCCCUGCCCCCUCAUGCCAUCCGCUCCCCCCGCCCCUACCCUCCGCGUGCCCGCUCCCUUGCCGCCUCUUUUGACCCUCCCUGCCCCCCCUCGCCGUUUCCCACCGCCCGCCAUUCGCUCCUCCCCGCCCGUGCGCUCCCCUCCUUUACCUUCUCCUCCCCCCUCCCCUCCUCUGCUGCACGCCUCUUCCUUCCCCUCGCCGACCCACUCCACUCCCUGCCCCUCCUCAAUCCGCACCCUGCCCCUCGUAUCUCGCCCCCCUAUGCUUGGUUUCUCCCCUCCCUGCCCCUCGCCGCCUUUCCCCGCUCCCCACCUCCCCCCUCUCCCUGCCCCCCCCACUCUCCCCCCCCCCUUGUCCUUGGCUUCCUACCUCCCUGCCUCACCUUUCCCCCCUCCGUGUGCUCAGCUUCUCCCCUCCCUGCCCCUCCCUCCUCCCCGCCCUGCCCCUCAUUUUCCGCCCCCCCCCCCCCCCACGCCCGGUUUCUCCCCUCCCCGCGCCUCCCUUUCUUUCUCCGUGCCUCUCCUUUGCUCCCUCCCUGCCCCCGCCUGCCCAUGCCCCUGUCUUUGGCUUCUCCCCUCCCUGCCCCACGUUUCUUCCCUCCCUGCCCCCCGUCUGCCCCUCCCUUGUUUUCCCCUCACCCAUUGCUUCUCUCCUCCCUGCCCUUGAUUUCCCACACCCCUGCCCUCGUUUCCUAUCAUCCAUGCCCCUCGUUUCCCCCCUUUGUACGUUCAGCCUCUUCCCUCCCUGCCCCUCCCUUCCUCCCCCCCCUGCCCUUUGCUCUCCCCUCUUGGCCCAGCCCCUGCCCGUUGCUGCCCCUCCCCUUGCCCCCUCAACUCCCCUGCCCCCCGUACACCCCAAGUCCCAUCCAACCGCCCCCACCCUCCCCCGGCUGCCCGUUUCCGCUCUCCACCCCCGCGACCGUGUGCGGCUUCCAACCGCCCAACGGUGGUGCGCACGGGGCGUUUCUUCGCAUGGGCAAGCCUCCCCGGGGGCCCCCCACCCCUGCUGGGUCGUUUCACACCCCCUGCCCCCUCAUGCCAUCCGCUCCCCCCGCCCCUACCCUCCGCGUGCCCGCUCCCUUGCCGCCUCUUUUGACCCUCCCUGCCCCCCCUCGCCGUUUCCCACCGCCCGCCAUUCGCUCCUCCCCGCCCGUGCGCUCCCCUCCUUUACCUUCUCCUCCCCCCUCCCCUCCUCUGCUGCACGCCUCUUCCUUCCCCUCGCCGACCCACUCCACUCCCUGCCCCUCCUCAAUCCGCACCCUGCCCCUCGUAUCUCGCCCCCCUAUGCUUGGUUUCUCCCCUCCCUGCCCCUCGCCGCCUUUCCCCGCUCCCCACCUCCCCCCUCUCCCUGCCCCCCCCACUCUCCCCCCCCCUUGUCCUUGGCUUCCUACCUCCCUGCCUCACCUUUCCCCCCUCCGUGUGCUCAGCUUCUCCCCUCCCUGCCCCUCCCUCCUCCCCGCCCUGCCCCUCAUUUUCCGCCCCCCCCCCCCCCACGCCCGGUUUCUCCCCUCCCCGCGCCUCCCUUUCUUUCUCCGUGCCUCUCCUUUGCUCCCUCCCUGCCCCCGCCUGCCCAUGCCCCUGUCUUUGGCUUCUCCCCUCCCUGCCCCACGUUUCUUCCCUCCCUGCCCCCCGUCUGCCCCUCCCUUGUUUUCCCCUCACCCAUUGCUUCUCUCCUCCCUGCCCUUGAUUUCCCACACCCCUGCCCUCGUUUCCUAUCAUCCAUGCCCCUCGUUUCCCCCCUUUCCCCUGCCCGUUGCUGCCCCUCCCCUUGCCCCCUCAACUCCCCUGCCCCCCGUACACCCCAAGUCCCAUCCAACCGCCCCCACCCUCCCCCGGCUGCCCGUUUCCGCUCUCCACCCCCGCGACCGUGUGCGGCUUCCAACCGCCCAACGGUGCAUUACCGCCCCUCUCCCCUUAUCCCCCACCACGCCCCCAAGCAGGCCUUUCUCCCCCCAGCCUCCCGUCUCCCUGCCCUUAGUACCGCCGCGCUCUGCCCGUGCGUCACCCUUGCCCACUUCAUACCACCUCCCCCUUCUCCCCCCCCCCCGGCUUCUCCCUAUCAUCACCCGCAUGUUCCCCCACUCCCCUGUCCACAACGUCCCUCCACCCCCCUUCCUGCUUUCCCCACUCCCACUCUGCCCCCCACACCUCUACGAGCCGUACUUCCCCCUCCAGCCUCCCUUUCCCCCCCAGCUACUUCCGCAUCCAGCGUGGGCUGCACCUCUGCAUCCCGCCCUGCCAGGCCCUUCGGUGACCCAACUGCCGCCACCUGGCACCACGCCGCCUUUCCCACCCCCAUCCAAUCUCUACACCCCCUGCCCCUGCUCCCUGCGCAAUCCAGCCACCUACCCCAGCCUCCCUCUACCUCUCCCUAACUCCACACCGCCGUUCCUACCCCCAGCCAAGGUCUACACCCCUUGCUUUUGCUCCCUGGGCUGUGCCGUCCCCAACCUCCCUCCGCCUUUCCGCGGCACCAGACCGCCUCUCCCUCCCCCAGCCAACUUUUGCACCCCCUGUUCCUGCCCCUUGUGCCCUCCAACACCCUACCUCAACCCCCCCCAGUCUCCCCCUUCUCCAACACCCUCCAUAUUUCCUCCCCCCUGGGGCUCGCCCAUCCGCAGCUAUCACCCUUCAUCGAUUCCCCAAUUCCCUCUGUCCCCUGUUUCCCGGCCCCGCAUCCUAUCCUGCAUUUACCACAGCACCUCCUUUCGGUGCCCUCUCUGCCCUCCCACGUUCUCACCCCCCGCCUCCCAACCUUCUCAUUACCCGCUACCAGGCUCACGCCAACUCGACUACCCACUACCCUUUGCCCCUUCCUCUCUGUUCCCCACCCUUCCUUUCCCACCUGGCUCCACCUGCCCACCCCCACCUCCCGUGGAAUUCUGCCCUGCCCUCCCCACCUCUGGCCCACCACCUGUCCCCACACCCUGCUCACCCACCGCUACACCACCCCCGCCCCCCCACCUCCACUACAGCCCGCCAACACUUCCCCUCUCAAUCGGCCCCCAGCCCGCCCCCCCCUUGGGCCCCAAUCCCCUCCAACUGUCAGGCCCCCUCUACCCUCUCUUCCACCCACUGCGCACCGCUUUCCCCACCCUUUUCCCCUUUCCCCAAGCUAACCCCCCGCACCCCGGCCUCUGCCAGGGAGUUCCUUCCCCCUUUGACGCCCUCUUGAGCCAACCCCAGCAACUCACACCGCCACCGCCAGGCAUGCUGCCUCUAGCCAGGGGGGAACUUGCAGCUGACACUGCACGGGAAGGGGUAAGUGAGUUUGUGUGUGAAGGAGCAGCAGAGGCUACAGAGGAUGGGGCAGCAAAGGCUGCACGGGAAGGGGCAAUGGGGGUUGUGGGGGAAGGGGCAGCAGAGGCUGCAGAGGAAAGGGCAGCAGAGGCUGCAAGGGAAGGGGCAGCAGCGGCUGCACGGGAAAGGGCGGCAGGGGCUGCACGGGAAGGGGCGGCAGGGACCGUGACUCUGGCCAGGCAAAGGGCAGAGGCCAUGGAGACAGGUUUUGCAGGAGUAGGGGCCACGGAACCUGCUGCUGCGUCGGCUGGGGGAACCGCAGCAGAGGAGGCUAUAGGGACCGCACCAGCAGUCGAGGCUGCAAGGACUGCAGCAGGAGCGACAGAGGCCACAGCGGGGGCUGGUAUAGGGGGAGGUGCUACGGGUGCAGCGGGGAAGGGGGUAACGGGGACUGGUGCGAGGGAGAGUGCCGCCCCGGCUGUAGCAAGAGAGGGUACGGCAGGGGCCUCAAAGGCAGAAGGUGAGGCUGCAGCUGAAGCAGCAGGGAGGGCCAUAGCACGGCCAGUAGGGGCGGCAGGGGCCGCAGCAAACUCGGGGAAACACACAGCAGGGCCGGCAGGGCCGGCAGAGACUGCAAAAGGGGCUAGCAGUAAAGCGGCAGCAGGCGGGGUGGGCUUGGGGGACAUAGGGGCAACAGGGGAAGGAGAGGGGAGGGUGGUCCCGACCGGGGUGGGCACUGAAGAGGGGGAUGUGAUAGCGAUAGAGGAGGAUGAGGGAGAGGAUGUGAUGCACAUUGACGGGCCACUGGCCCAAUACCUCACGCUUGACGGUGAGGCCGACCCGGCCCCCCUGCAGCCUCACGUCGAGGUUCCCCCUCUACCCCCCAUGCCCGUCCCCAUGCUAGCAGAAGGACCGAUGGAGGGGCUGGGGGAGACCUUGAGGACAGAGCCGCGCGAGGGAGCCCCCAUCCUCACCUCCCGUCCUCCAGCCCACCAGCCCCCAGGAGCACCACUUCCCCACCCCCACCCUCAGGUCCCGGUAGUGUCCAGGGGGGCAGCCAAGGCCCUGGCCUUCUUGGCGGAGCCGUGCUCCCCGACCCCCACGCUGCUCCAUGGCCAGCCCCCCUCUCCGUCCCCAACGCCUGACCCCACGGUUGCAGGCGGUCCACCGGGAGAGCACGCGGGUGCGACAAGAGCAGAGUCACCCGAGGGCACCCCUUCUCUCACCUCUCACCCCUCCCCGCCCCUUCCCUCACUCCUUCCUUCACCCCCAAGGGCAGCACACCUCUGCCCCCACCCUCAGGGGCUCCUUAGAGCACCACGUGGAGCAGCCAGGGCUCUGGUCUUCCUAGAGGAGCCAUGCUCCCCGACUCCUACCAACACCCAGCCACCCCUUACCGGCCCACUACCCCCUCCUCCACCAGGCCCCCCCCCACCCGGUAGUACACACAUCUCGGAGGUUGAAGCAUCUCUGCGGCCAAAUCCCUCUCCCACACGCUACAGGCACCCAAACCACCCGAGUCGCCGCACAGCCCCAACACGCCCACCCAACAGGCUGCCCUCCCCACACCACCCCCCCCAGGCAGCCGAGACCCACCCGCAAGGGCUUGCGCCCCAGGCUCAUGGGAGCGGCGGCACCCGGGUAGAGGGGCCCACAGGAGAGGCCACCACAGAGCCCACACAAAUCUCUCUCCCCCCACCGUUUGUACCUCGCUCUAACCUCCACACUGGCCCAGCCCCUCGACCCCCACCUCCAACCCCCUCUCCCGGCCGGGUUCCCCACGAGUGGCCCCGUUGGGCAGCCAUCACCCCCCACACACAGCUUGCCCGAUCUGUUCCCACGGAGGGGGAUGUUUCGAGGAGAGUGGGGAUGCACACAGAGCACCCCCUGCCUGGCGAACCACCCAUCCUCCCUCCACCCACCCCUUUGGCCCCACAGCCCCCCCUUCCUUCACAAACAGGCGCGGACAACCAGGUUGGCCGCCGGCGGAAGAACAGGGGCAGAGGAGGCAGAGGGUCAGCCCACGUACUCCCCCCUCCCUCCCUCCCCCACCAAGAGCCCCUCCCCACCUCACAUCCCGUUGAACAAUUACCAGGCCCUACCUCUACAGCCCGUCCACCAAACCUACACUCCCGCCCCGCUCCUGCACCUCCACAGGGCCAUGGGAGCGGACCAGCCCACUCACCCCCAUUCUGCCCCUCCCGUGCUGUGUCCCCCUCCCAGGUGGCGGCGGCCGCGAUCGCUACUGGGAGGGGGGCCGUCGGGUUGAGGGAUGCGCCCAUGGCAGACGCCACCGACUCCCCCUCCCAUCCCUCCCACCCCUUCCAUGUCGACGACCCCCUACCGCAACCCAUGGUGAUUGGGGAGGGCCAAGGGGGCCUUCUAGGGCAGGGUCCACACCCGAGCUCCGCUCAGCCAGCACGCCCCACUCCACCCUCUACCCUGCCAGCCCUCCUACUCUCACCUACAGGCAGGCAGGUCUUCGAGACCCCAGAGGAGGUGAGGGCUGGCAUUUCAGAUUUGCUGGCGAUACACCGCCUGAGCAGCUCUCCGGCUGCCCCCACCCUUCCAGUCCCACAGGACCGGACCCGGACGUAUGCGGAGGUCACCCGGUCUGUCCCUUCUUUUAUCCCCCCCGCCACUCAGCCAGGCGCGUCACUCCCGACCCCAAUGGAGACGGACCGGGGUCUGAGGCCGUGUCACUCGCACCUAGACGGGGUGGCGCCUCCCCCCGUUCAGCCCGUGGCGCAGGAGGUCACCAGCAGUAGGGAUGAGGCAUCCGCCCCUACCGAGACCCCUCCGCCUGGGGUAGCAGAGCCGUCACUUGAACCGCACCCCGCCGAGGGGCAGGAGCACACCACGGCACACACUUCAGGCUCACCUCCACGUCCCCCCUCCCCAGCUUCAACACCGGUGCCGGCACGAGGCCCGGCCCUAUCCUGUGCGACACCACCUCUAUCUUCGCUGACACCCCCCCCGCGCGGGGCUGGUGAGUCGUCUCCUCCCCUCAUCCCAGGCGAUCCUGUCGGAGCUCAGGCCGCCCACGGGGUCCCCUCUACAGCCAGUUCCGACGCCACGGCCCCGAUUGACCCCGCCGACACGGCGACAUCACCCGACCAGGUCGUGAGUUGCCCCACCUGCAGGAGCUCUCUCGCGAACCGACGCGCGCUCCAGCACCACAUUCCCUUCUGCCAUCCUGCGGACGCGGCUCGCAGGGCGCAGGCUGCCCAUGAUACCGCCUCGAUCAUCCCUUCCCUCUCACAGCCCCGUGCGACCGGGAUGCAGUUCACCGACGCACAGUGGCAGACGCUCGACUCGGUGGACUGGACAGAGUACUUCUCGCCCGAGCGUAUCCAUACACGCCCUCUCCGACGUGUCCCGGAGAGGGUCCGCGGAGGAUAUCUUGACGUCCUCAGUGCGAUCCUAGUCCGCAUUGCCCAGGACCCGGAGGCUGCUGGCCCUACCUUCCUCCUCGCUGCAGCGCCGACUCUUUUCCUUGUUCCAGCGACGCCACCCGACCGCUCGCACACGGCUGCCAUUGCAACGCGCAUCUCUCGCUUUGGUCGAGGUGAGUGGGCUGAGCUAGUCUCAGAUGCACUAGGCCGUCGCACACCCCUUCCUCGCCGCACAGGUCACCGGUCACGCACCGCCACCGAUCCCUCUGCAGCAGAUGAGCGCCGCAUUGCACGUUGCCUUCGUCUGGCAGCGUGCAAUGAGACCUCACGGGCGUGCGCGGCUCUCGAGUCCGCGGAGGCAGCCCCAGAUACACAGGGGACGAUACAGCGCCUGCAGUCGAAGCACCCCAACGCGGAGAGGCCGACCCCAGCUUGGCUGUCUGGCUUCCAGGGGUCCCCUCUCGUGCUCUCGGUGGAUCACUUACGCCGCGCGAUUUUCACAGCUCCGCGGGGCUCUUCGGGAGGACCGUCCGGUUGGGUCGCUGAGCACCUGCGAGACACUUUCCUAGCUUUCCCUCAGAGUCUCCAUUUCCUCCUGGCCGUGUACCAGCAGUGGCUCCGAGGCCGUUGCGCUCCAGCUGCGCGCUCCUUGCUAGCGUCCUCCACCCUCGUGGCUCUGGCGAAGUCGAACAUGGAUGUUCGGCCGAUUGCCAUCGGCGAGGUUUUGGUCCGCAUUCUUUCUCGGGCAGUUUGUCUCCAGCUACGUGACCAGAUGGCGAGGGUCUUCUUGGCAUCACAGCAGUUUGGGGUGGGGGUUACGUGCGGGACAGAGGUCGUAGUUAGAGGCGUCCGCCGCGCUCUGGCUGACCACCCAGACUGGGUGGUCCUGCAGCUAGACGUGGCGAAUGCCUUUAACUCUUUCCACCGAGACAGGAUGUUUCAGGCGCUGCAGGCCAGUCCGGAGUUUCAGUGUCUGAUCCCCUUCAUCGGCCUCUUCUACGGGACGCCCUCGGAUCUCCACUACAGGUCAGGCACGGGAGUGGUCACGAUGCACUCGGAGCGGGGCACUCGCCAGGGAGACCCUCUCAGCCCCUUCUUGUACGCUCUGACACAGCGUCUUGCUUUGGAGCCGGUUCUGGCGGAGGGGGAUGUCCAGCUCUGGUCGUACGCCGAUGACACGUACGUGCUAGGUCCCCCAGACAGGGUGCUGCACCAUUUUGCCGAGAUCGUGAGGCGCUUGGGCGAGAUGGGCCUUGCAGCCCAGCCGCACAAGUGCCUCGUCUACCAGACAGAGUCCUUUCUGUCCAGGGAUCUGGAGGCUUUCACGGGCCUAGGGAUCGAGGUCGCACGCCGAGGGCUCACCGUGACAGGCGUACCGGUAGGCACCGUUUCGUUCGUGGAGCAGAGUCUCCCGGAUCGUCUCGAGAGGAUGGGGCGGGUGCUACCUUGGCUUCCGAGGUUGCGCCAGCCCCAGACAGCUGCCCGCCUUCUUUCGGCGUGUGUCAGCACUCGUCCGCAGUACCUGUCGAGGACCGUCCCUCCUUCGCCCGCAGUGAUCUCCAGUUUUACACGGUGGGACGCACGCCUGGGAGAGACUUUUCAGCAGCUUUUAGCUUCAGGGACCUGGGCUUGUCGCGAGGACGUCCGAGAGGCCGCCCUAGACCAGAUCUUCCUCCCCAUCCGUCUCGGGGGUUUCGGCAUUCGUCGCAUGGCGCGCAUGGCCCCGGUGAGUUUCGUGUGCUCCUGGGUGCAGUGUGCACCCAUUCUCUGUUCUCUCCCUGCGUGUGGCGAGGUGUUUCGGCAGAGCUUCGCUUCAGGUGAGCCAGAGCAGAUCGACCGGGCUCUGCAGACGGCGCUAGAGGGUCUCCCUCCUGACGUUCUCUCUCUCCUUCCCCCCUGGCCCUCUUGCGCUUCUGCCUCCCCCGAUUCCCUUUUUGCAGGAGCGAGCCGUCUUCUGGAGGCGCAUGCCUUGGAGGCCGUGCGUGCCCGUCACACCUCUCCCUUGCACCUUGCCCGUUUGACUUCCCUUCAGGGCGGAGGUGCAGGAGCGUGGUUGACGUCGGUGCCGUACGCCGACCCACUGCGCAUCCCGGAGGCGCUGUGGCAGGCGGCUUCAUCUUCUCGUCUUGGUCUCCCUAUCCCCCAGUUAGCCCUUGCAGGUCAGUGCUCCUGCGGACAGGCGAUUGACGACAUGACGGUGCCUCAUCACGCGGUUCGGUGCCCGCGUUACGGGGUCGCCACUACCAUCCACGACACGGUGAAGUACAUGCUUCGAGACUUUGCGGUCGAGGCGGGCUUCGCGGUAAAGGUGGAGGACUCUACGCUGUUCACACAGUUGGAGGCGGCUCGAGCGAGACUACUGGGACAGCCAGUGGUGGGAGAGGGGACACGGGCUGAGGGACCGGGGGAGCGGAGAGGCGAGGCGGGACAGCCGGGUGGCGGGGGACAGUGGGGACGGCACCAGCUGCGGGGUCAGGUGGAGCGAGGGACAGGUGGGCAGAGGGGACGGCAGGGGGAGCAGACGGGCCAGGACGGGGAGGGGGGACGGCACAGGCAGCAGCAGGAGAGCCAGUGGAGGCCGCGGGCCCAGGGCGCCGCGCCUCCAGGUUCGGCCUCGGGGGCGGGGCAGGGGCGGGAGCAGCAGAGAGCGGACGGAGGUACAGGAGGGGCAGCGGGAUUGGGAGGGGAGGGCCAGGGAGUGAGAGAGGCAGCAGGGGAUGGAGCAGGGGGGUCGGGAGGUUUGGGGGAGGGUAGGGAGGGGGAGGGGAGAGGACAGGUGGAUGGAGGAGAGGAGAGGGGGAGAGAGACGAUCGGAGAGGGGGCACCAAGGGACCAGACAGGGCAGCAGCCAGCGCAACAGCAGGGACCAGUCGGACGCACAGGCCGUGUAGGCACCGCCUCCCGCAUUCCAGACCUCACCUGCCGCGACGUUGGCCAGGGUCUGAUGGUUCUUGUGGAUGUCUCCAUAGCGGAUCCACAGCGGGAGGGGAACGUGCAGCUGAGACGGGCGACCCCCACACAGAUUGGAGUGGCAGCAGCUAGGCGGGUGCAGGAGAAGCUGCGUCACUGGGGGCCGCACUUAGAGGGGCUGCAGCCGGCACCACACUUUUACGCGUGCGUGGCGGAGACCUUUGGCCUUCUGAGUGAGCCGCUGCGUCAGUUUCUGGGGCUCUGCGCAAAGAGGAUAGCACAGCGGAGGAGGGAUAGAGGUGGGGGGGAUGACGGAUCGGCACGGAUAUUUGAGGCAGGACUCACUACACGCCUCUCCGUUGCACUGCAGCGCGCGCAGGCUCAAUGCAUGAUCCAGCAUGCGGUGCGGCAGUUAGGGAGUCACACCCCCUGCCCCCUCAUGCCAUCCGCUCCCCCCGCCCCUACCCUCCGCGUGCCCGCUCCCUUGCCGCCUCUUUUGACCCUCCCUGCCCCCCCUCGCCGUUUCCCACCGCCCGCCAUUCGCUCCUCCCCGCCCGUGCGCUCCCCUCCUUUACCUUCUCCUCCCCCCUCCCCUCCUCUGCUGCACGCCUCUUCCUUCCCCUCGCCGACCCACUCCACUCCCUGCCCCUCCUCAAUCCGCACCCUGCCCCUCGUAUCUCGCCCCCCUAUGCUUGGUUUCUCCCCUCCCUGCCCCUCGCCGCCUUUCCCCGCUCCCCACCUCCCCCCUCUCCCUGCCCCCCCCACUCUCCCCCCCCCUUGUCCUUGGCUUCCUACCUCCCUGCCUCACCUUUCCCCCCUCCGUGUGCUCAGCUUCUCCCCUCCCUGCCCCUCCCUCCUCCCCGCCCUGCCCCUCAUUUUCCGCCCCCCCCCCCCCCACGCCCGGUUUCUCCCCUCCCCGCGCCUCCCUUUCUUUCUCCGUGCCUCUCCUUUGCUCCCUCCCUGCCCCCGCCUGCCCAUGCCCCUGUCUUUGGCUUCUCCCCUCCCUGCCCCACGUUUCUUCCCUCCCUGCCCCCCGUCUGCCCCUCCCUUGUUUUCCCCUCACCCAUUGCUUCUCUCCUCCCUGCCCUUGAUUUCCCACACCCCUGCCCUCGUUUCCUAUCAUCCAUGCCCCUCGUUUCCCCCCUUUGUACGUUCAGCCUCUUCCCUCCCUGCCCCUCCCUUCCUCCCCCCCUGCCCUUUGCUCUCCCCUCGUUACGCUCCCUUCUCCCCAUCCCUGCUGCCCUCUUACCACCAUCAGCCCAUCCCCACGACCAGCCCCCCUCCCACCCUUCAAUCCCCCCCUCCCUCUCUCUCUCUCUCUCUCUCUCUCUCUCUCUUUCUCACACACACACACACACGCACACUCCCCUCCCCCACCCCCCCCACCUACAUCCUCCCAUUCUGCCCCUCCCUGCCCCUUUCCCACCCCCUCGCACGCCCCUCACCUCCCACCUCCGUGCAACUGGUUUCCCCCCUAUGGUGCCACCCUUGCAUCGCUCGCCCCUCUGCUCACCCUCUGCCCGCCCCUUUUCCGUGCCCUCAGUUGGCCCAGCCCCUGCCCGUUGCUGCCCCUCCCCUUGCCCCCUCAACUCCCCUGCCCCCUGUACACCCCAAGUCCCAUCCAACCGCCCCCACCCUCCCCCGGCUGCCCGUUUCCGCUCUCCACCCCCGCGACCGUGUGCGGCUUCCAACCGCCCAACGGUGUCACACCCCCUGCCCCCUCAUGCCAUCCGCUCCCCCCGCCCCUACCCUCCGCGUGCCCGCUCCCUUGCCGCCUCUUUUGACCCUCCCUGCCCCCCCUCGCCGUUUCCCACCGCCCGCCAUUCGCUCCUCCCCGCCCGUGCGCUCCCCUCCUUUACCUUCUCCUCCCCCCUCCCCUCCUCUGCUGCACGCCUCUUCCUUCCCCUCGCCGACCCACUCCACUCCCUGCCCCUCCUCAAUCCGCACCCUGCCCCUCGUAUCUCGCCCCCCUAUGCUUGGUUUCUCCCCUCCCUGCCCCUCGCCGCCUUUCCCCGCUCCCCACCUCCCCCCUCUCCCUGCCCCCCCCACUCUCCCCCCCCCCUUGUCCUUGGCUUCCUACCUCCCUGCCUCACCUUUCCCCCCUCCGUGUGCUCAGCUUCUCCCCUCCCUGCCCCUCCCUCCUCCCCGCCCUGCCCCUCAUUUUCCGCCCCCCCCCCCCCCACGCCCGGUUUCUCCCCUCCCCGCGCCUCCCUUUCUUUCUCCGUGCCUCUCCUUUGCUCCCUCCCUGCCCCCGCCUGCCCAUGCCCCUGUCUUUGGCUUCUCCCCUCCCUGCCCCACGUUUCUUCCCUCCCUGCCCCCCGUCUGCCCCUCCCUUGUUUUCCCCUCACCCAUUGCUUCUCUCCUCCCUGCCCUUGAUUUCCCACACCCCUGCCCUCGUUUCCUAUCAUCCAUGCCCCUCCCCCUGCCCGUUGCUGCCCCUCCCCUUGCCCCCUCAACUCCCCUGCCCCCCGUACACCCCAAGUCCCAUCCAACCGCCCCCACCCUCCCCCGGCUGCCCGUUUCCGCUCUCCACCCCCGCGACCGUGUGCGGCUUCCAACCGCCCAACGGUGUCACACCCCCUGCCCCCUCAUGCCAUCCGCUCCCCCCGCCCCUACCCUCCGCGUGCCCGCUCCCUUGCCGCCUCUUUUGACCCUCCCUGCCCCCCCUCGCCGUUUCCCACCGCCCGCCAUUCGCUCCUCCCCGCCCGUGCGCUCCCCUCCUUUACCUUCUCCUCCCCCCUCCCCUCCUCUGCUGCACGCCUCUUCCUUCCCCUCGCCGACCCACUCCACUCCCUGCCCCUCCUCAAUCCGCACCCUGCCCCUCGUAUCUCGCCCCCCUAUGCUUGCUUCUCCCCUCCCUGCCCCUCCCUCCUCCCCGCCCUGCCCCUCAUUUUCCGCCCCCCCCCCCCCACGCCCGGUUUCUCCCCUCCCCGCGCCUCCCUUUCUUUCUCCGUGCCUCUCCUUUGCUCCCUCCCUGCCCCCGCCUGCCCAUGCCCCUGUCUUUGGCUUCUCCCCUCCCUGCCCCACGUUUCUUCCCUCCCUGCCCCCCGUCUGCCCCUCCCUUGUUUUCCCCUCACCCAUUGCUUCUCUCCUCCCUGCCCUUGAUUUCCCACACCCCUGCCCUCGUUUCCUAUCAUCCAUGCCCCUCCCCCUGCCCGUUGCUGCCCCUCCCCUUGCCCCCUCAACUCCCCUGCCCCCCGUACACCCCAAGUCCCAUCCAACCGCCCCCACCCUCCCCCGGCUGCCCGUUUCCGCUCUCCACCCCCGCGACCGUGUGCGGCUUCCAACCGCCCAACGGUGGUGCGCACGGGGCUCACACCCCCUGCCCCCUCAUGCCAUCCGCUCCCCCCGCCCCUACCCUCCGCGUGCCCGCUCCCUUGCCGCCUCUUUUGACCCUCCCUGCCCCCCCUCGCCGUUUCCCACCGCCCGCCAUUCGCUCCUCCCCGCCCGUGCGCUCCCCUCCUUUACCUUCUCCUCCCCCCUCCCCUCCUCUGCUGCACGCCUCUUCCUUCCCCUCGCCGACCCACUCCACUCCCUGCCCCUCCUCAAUCCGCACCCUGCCCCUCGUAUCUCGCCCCCCUAUGCUUGGUUUCUCCCCUCCCUGCCCCUCGCCGCCUUUCCCCGCUCCCCACCUCCCCCCUCUCCCUGCCCCCCCCACUCUCCCCCCCCCUUGUCCUUGGCUUCCUACCUCCCUGCCUCACCUUUCCCCCCUCCGUGUGCUCAGCUUCUCCCCUCCCUGCCCCUCCCUCCUCCCCGCCCUGCCCCUCAUUUUCCGCCCCCCCCCCCCCACGCCCGGUUUCUCCCCUCCCCCGCGCCUCCCUUUCUUUCUCCGUGCCUCUCCUUUGCUCCCUCCCUGCCCCCGCCUGCCCAUGCCCCUGUCUUUGGCUUCUCCCCUCCCUGCCCCACGUUUCUUCCCUCCCUGCCCCCCGUCUGCCCCUCCCUUGUUUUCCCCUCACCCAUUGCUUCUCUCCUCCCUGCCCUUGAUUUCCCACACCCCUGCCCUCGUUUCCUAUCAUCCAUGCCCCUCGUUUCCCCCCUUUGUACGUUCAGCCUCUUCCCUCCCUGCCCCUCCCUUCCUCCCCCCCUGCCCUUUGCUCUCCCCUCGUUACGCUCCCUUCUCCCCAUCCCUGCUGCCCUCUUACCACCAUCAGCCCAUCCCCACGACCAGCCCCCCUCCCACCCUUCAAUCCCCCCCUCCCUCUCUCUCUCUCUCUCUCUCUCUCUCUCUCUCUUUCUCACACACACACACACACACGCACACUCCCCUCCCCCACCCCCCCCACCUACAUCCUCCCAUUCUGCCCCUCCCUGCCCCUUUCCCACCCCCUCGCACGCCCCUCACCUCCCACCUCCGUGCAACUGGUUUCCCCCCUAUGGUGCCACCCUUGCAUCGCUCGCCCCUCUGCUCACCCUCUGCCCGCCCCUUUUCCGUGCCCUCAGUUGGCCCAGCCCCUGCCCGUUGCUGCCCCUCCCCUUGCCCCCUCAACUCCCCUGCCCCCCGUACACCCCAAGUCCCAUCCAACCGCCCCCACCCUCCCCCGGCUGCCCGUUUCCGCUCUCCACCCCCGCGACCUCACACCCCCUGCCCCCUCAUGCCAUCCGCUCCCCCCGCCCCUACCCUCCGCGUGCCCGCUCCCUUGCCGCCUCUUUUGACCCUCCCUGCCCCCCUCGCCGUUUCCCACCGCCCGCCAUUCGCUCCUCCCCGCCCGUGCGCUCCCCUCCUUUACCUUCUCCUCCCCCCUCCCCUCCUCUGCUGCACGCCUCUUCCUUCCCCUCGCCGACCCACUCCACUCCCUGCCCCUCCUCAAUCCGCACCCUGCCCCUCGUAUCUCGCCCCCCUAUGCUUGCUUCUCCCCUCCCUGCCCCUCCCUCCUCCCCGCCCUGCCCCUCAUUUUCCGCCCCCCCCCCCCCACGCCCGGUUUCUCCCCUCCCCGCGCCUCCCUUUCUUUCUCCGUGCCUCUCCUUUGCUCCCUCCCUGCCCCCGCCUGCCCAUGCCCCUGUCUUUGGCUUCUCCCCUCCCUGCCCCACGUUUCUUCCCUCCCUGCCCCCCGUCUGCCCCUCCCUUGUUUUCCCCUCACCCAUUGCUUCUCUCCUCCCUGCCCUUGAUUUCCCACACCCCUGCCCUCGUUUCCUAUCAUCCAUGCCCCUCGUUUCCCCCCUUUGUACGUUCAGCCUCUUCCCUCCCUGCCCCUCCCUUCCUCCCCCCCUGCCCUUUGCUCUCCCCUCGUUACGCUCCCUUCUCCCCAUCCCUGCUGCCCUCUUACCACCAUCAGCCCAUCCCCACGACCAGCCCCCCUCCCACCCUUCAAUCCCCCCCUCCCUCUCUCUCUCUCUCUCUCUCUCUCUCUCUCUUUCUCACACACACACACACACACGCACACUCCCCUCCCCCACCCCCCCCCACCUACAUCCUCCCAUUCUGCCCCUCCCUGCCCCUUUCCCACCCCCUCGCACGCCCCUCACCUCCCACCUCCGUGCAACUGGUUUCCCCCCUAUGGUGCCACCCUUGCAUCGCUCGCCCCUCUGCUCACCCUCUGCCCGCCCCUUUUCCGUGCCCUCAGUUGGCCCAGCCCCUGCCCGUUGCUGCCCCUCCCCUUGCCCCCUCAACUCCCCUGCCCCCCUGUACACCCCAAGUCCCAUCCAACCGCCCCCACCCUCCCCCGGCUGCCCGUUUCCGCUCUCCACCCCCGCGACCGUGUGCGGCUUCCAACCGCCCAACGGUGGUGCGCACGGGGCGUUUUCUUCGCAUGGGCAAGCCUCCCCGGGGGCCCCCCACCCCGCUGGGUCGUUUCACACCCCCUGCCCCCUCAUGCCAUCCGCUCCCCCCGCCCCUACCCUCCGCGUGCCCGCUCCCUUGCCGCCUCUUUUGACCCUCCCUGCCCCCCCUCGCCGUUUCCCACCGCCCGCCAUUCGCUCCUCCCCGCCCGUGCGCUCCCCUCCUUUACCUUCUCCUCCCCCCUCCCCUCCUCUGCUGCACGCCUCUUCCUUCCCCUCGCCGACCCACUCCACUCCCUGCCCCUCCUCAAUCCGCACCCUGCCCCUCGUAUCUCGCCCCCCUAUGCUUGCUUCUCCCCUCCCUGCCCCUCCCUCCUCCCCGCCCUGCCCCUCAUUUUCCGCCCCCCCCCCCCCACGCCCGGUUUCUCCCCUCCCCGCGCCUCCCUUUCUUUCUCCGUGCCUCUCCUUUGCUCCCUCCCUGCCCCCGCCUGCCCAUGCCCCUGUCUUUGGCUUCUCCCCUCCCUGCCCCACGUUUCUUCCCUCCCUGCCCCCCGUCUGCCCCUCCCUUGUUUUCCCCUCACCCAUUGCUUCUCUCCUCCCUGCCCUUGAUUUCCCACACCCCUGCCCUCGUUUCCUAUCAUCCAUGCCCCUCCCCCUGCCCGUUGCUGCCCCUCCCCUUGCCCCCUCAACUCCCCUGCCCCCCGUACACCCCAAGUCCCAUCCAACCGCCCCCACCCUCCCCCGGCUGCCCGUUUCCGCUCUCCACCCCCGCGACCGUGUGCGGCUUCCAACCGCCCAACGGUGUCACACCCCCUGCCCCCUCAUGCCAUCCGCUCCCCCCGCCCCUACCCUCCGCGUGCCCGCUCCCUUGCCGCCUCUUUUGACCCUCCCUGCCCCCCCUCGCCGUUUCCCACCGCCCGCCAUUCGCUCCUCCCCGCCCGUGCGCUCCCCUCCUUUACCUUCUCCUCCCCCCUCCCCUCCUCUGCUGCACGCCUCUUCCUUCCCCUCGCCGACCCACUCCACUCCCUGCCCCUCCUCAAUCCGCACCCUGCCCCUCGUAUCUCGCCCCCCUAUGCUUGCUUCUCCCCUCCCUGCCCCUCCCUCCUCCCCGCCCUGCCCCUCAUUUUCCGCCCCCCCCCCCCCACGCCCGGUUUCUCCCCUCCCCGCGCCUCCCUUUCUUUCUCCGUGCCUCUCCUUUGCUCCCUCCCUGCCCCCGCCUGCCCAUGCCCCUGUCUUUGGCUUCUCCCCUCCCUGCCCCACGUUUCUUCCCUCCCUGCCCCCCGUCUGCCCCUCCCUUGUUUUCCCCUCACCCAUUGCUUCUCUCCUCCCUGCCCUUGAUUUCCCACACCCCUGCCCUCGUUUCCUAUCAUCCAUGCCCCUCGUUUCCCCCCUUUGUACGUUCAGCCUCUUCCCUCCCUGCCCCUCCCUUCCUCCCCCCCUGCCCUUUGCUCUCCCCUCUUGGCCCAGCCCCUGCCCGUUGCUGCCCCUCCCCUUGCCCCCUCAACUCCCCUGCCCCCCGUACACCCCAAGUCCCAUCCAACCGCCCCCACCCUCCCCCGGCUGCCCGUUUCCGCUCUCCACCCCCGCGACCGUGUGCGGCUUCCAACCGCCCAACGGUGGUGCGCACGGGGCGUUUCUUCGCAUGGGCAAGCCUCCCCGGGGGCCCCCCACCCCGCUGGGGUCGUUUCACACCCCCUGCCCCCUCAUGCCAUCCGCUCCCCCCGCCCCUACCCUCCGCGUGCCCGCUCCCUUGCCGCCUCUUUUGACCCUCCCUGCCCCCCCUCGCCGUUUCCCACCGCCCGCCAUUCGCUCCUCCCCGCCCGUGCGCUCCCCUCCUUUACCUUCUCCUCCCCCCUCCCCUCCUCUGCUGCACGCCUCUUCCUUCCCCUCGCCGACCCACUCCACUCCCUGCCCCUCCUCAAUCCGCACCCUGCCCCUCGUAUCUCGCCCCCCUAUGCUUGGUUUCUCCCCUCCCUGCCCCUCGCCGCCUUUCCCCGCUCCCCACCUCCCCCCUCUCCCUGCCCCCCCCACUCUCCCCCCCCCCUUGUCCUUGGCUUCCUACCUCCCUGCCUCACCUUUCCCCCCUCCGUGUGCUCAGCUUCUCCCCUCCCUGCCCCUCCCUCCUCCCCGCCCUGCCCCUCAUUUUCCGCCCCCCCCCCCCCCACGCCCGGUUUCUCCCCUCCCCGCGCCUCCCUUUCUUUCUCCGUGCCUCUCCUUUGCUCCCUCCCUGCCCCCGCCUGCCCAUGCCCCUGUCUUUGGCUUCUCCCCUCCCUGCCCCACGUUUCUUCCUCCCUGCCCCCCGUCUGCCCCUCCCUUGUUUUCCCCUCACCCAUUGCUUCUCUCCUCCCUGCCCUUGAUUUCCCACACCCCUGCCCUCGUUUCCUAUCAUCCAUGCCCCUCGUUUCCCCCCUUUCCCCUGCCCGUUGCUGCCCCUCCCCUUGCCCCCUCAACUCCCCUGCCCCCCGUACACCCCAAGUCCCAUCCAACCGCCCCCACCCUCCCCCGGCUGCCCGUUUCCGCUCUCCACCCCCGCGACCGUGUGCGGCUUCCAACCGCCCAACGGUGGUGCGCACGGGGCUCACACCCCCUGCCCCCUCAUGCCAUCCGCUCCCCCCGCCCCUACCCUCCGCGUGCCCGCUCCCUUGCCGCCUCUUUUGACCCUCCCUGCCCCCCCUCGCCGUUUCCCACCGCCCGCCAUUCGCUCCUCCCCGCCCGUGCGCUCCCCUCCUUUACCUUCUCCUCCCCCCUCCCCUCCUCUGCUGCACGCCUCUUCCUUCCCCUCGCCGACCCACUCCACUCCCUGCCCCUCCUCAAUCCGCACCCUGCCCCUCGUAUCUCGCCCCCCUAUGCUUGGUUUCUCCCCUCCCUGCCCCUCGCCGCCUUUCCCCGCUCCCCACCUCCCCCUCUCCCUGCCCCCCCCACUCUCCCCCCCCCUUGUCCUUGGCUUCCUACCUCCCUGCCUCACCUUUCCCCCCUCCGUGUGCUCAGCUUCUCCCCUCCCUGCCCCUCCCUCCUCCCCGCCCUGCCCCUCAUUUUCCGCCCCCCCCCCCCCCACGCCCGGUUUCUCCCCUCCCCGCGCCUCCCUUUCUUUCUCCGUGCCUCUCCUUUGCUCCCUCCCUGCCCCCGCCUGCCCAUGCCCCUGUCUUUGGCUUCUCCCCUCCCUGCCCCACGUUUCUUCCCUCCCUGCCCCCCGUCUGCCCCUCCCUUGUUUUCCCCUCACCCAUUGCUUCUCUCCUCCCUGCCCUUGAUUUCCCACACCCCUGCCCUCGUUUCCUAUCAUCCAUGCCCCUCGUUUCCCCCCUUUCCCCUGCCCGUUGCUGCCCCUCCCCUUGCCCCCUCAACUCCCCUGCCCCCCGUACACCCCAAGUCCCAUCCAACCGCCCCCACCCUCCCCCGGCUGCCCGUUUCCGCUCUCCACCCCCGCGACCGUGUGCGGCUUCCAACCGCCCAACGGUGUCACACCCCCUGCCCCCUCAUGCCAUCCGCUCCCCCCGCCCCUACCCUCCGCGUGCCCGCUCCCUUGCCGCCUCUUUUGACCCUCCCUGCCCCCCCUCGCCGUUUCCCACCGCCCGCCAUUCGCUCCUCCCCGCCCGUGCGCUCCCCUCCUUUACCUUCUCCUCCCCCCUCCCCUCCUCUGCUGCACGCCUCUUCCUUCCCCUCGCCGACCCACUCCACUCCCUGCCCCUCCUCAAUCCGCACCCUGCCCCUCGUAUCUCGCCCCCCUAUGCUUGCUUCUCCCCUCCCUGCCCCUCCCUCCUCCCCGCCCUGCCCCUCAUUUUCCGCCCCCCCCCCCCCACGCCCGGUUUCUCCCCUCCCCGCGCCUCCCUUUCUUUCUCCGUGCCUCUCCUUUGCUCCCUCCCUGCCCCCGCCUGCCCAUGCCCCUGUCUUUGGCUUCUCCCCUCCCUGCCCCACGUUUCUUCCCUCCCUGCCCCCCGUCUGCCCCUCCCUUGUUUUCCCCUCACCCAUUGCUUCUCUCCUCCCUGCCCUUGAUUUCCCACACCCCUGCCCUCGUUUCCUAUCAUCCAUGCCCCUCGUUUCCCCCCUUUCCCCUGCCCGUUGCUGCCCCUCCCCUUGCCCCCUCAACUCCCCUGCCCCCCGUACACCCCAAGUCCCAUCCAACCGCCCCCACCCUCCCCCGGCUGCCCGUUUCCGCUCUCCACCCCCCGCGACCGUGUGCGGCUUCCAACCGCCCAACGGUGGUGCGCACGGGGCUCACACCCCCUGCCCCCUCAUGCCAUCCGCUCCCCCCGCCCCUACCCUCCGCGUGCCCGCUCCCUUGCCGCCUCUUUUGACCCUCCCUGCCCCCCCUCGCCGUUUCCCACCGCCCGCCAUUCGCUCCUCCCCGCCCGUGCGCUCCCUCCUUUACCUUCUCCUCCCCCCUCCCCUCCUCUGCUGCACGCCUCUUCCUUCCCCUCGCCGACCCACUCCACUCCCUGCCCCUCCUCAAUCCGCACCCUGCCCCUCGUAUCUCGCCCCCCUAUGCUUGGUUUCUCCCCUCCCUGCCCCUCGCCGCCUUUCCCCGCUCCCCACCUCCCCCCUCUCCCUGCCCCCCCCACUCUCCCCCCCCCUUGUCCUUGGCUUCCUACCUCCCUGCCUCACCUUUCCCCCCUCCGUGUGCUCAGCUUCUCCCCUCCCUGCCCCUCCCUCCUCCCCGCCCUGCCCCUCAUUUUCCGCCCCCCCCCCCCCACGCCCGGUUUCUCCCCUCCCCGCGCCUCCCUUUCUUUCUCCGUGCCUCUCCUUUGCUCCCUCCCUGCCCCCGCCUGCCCAUGCCCCUGUCUUUGGCUUCUCCCCUCCCUGCCCCACGUUUCUUCCCUCCCUGCCCCCCGUCUGCCCCUCCCUUGUUUUCCCCUCACCCAUUGCUUCUCUCCUCCCUGCCCUUGAUUUCCCACACCCCUGCCCUCGUUUCCUAUCAUCCAUGCCCCUCGUUUCCCCCCUUUGUACGUUCAGCCUCUUCCCUCCCUGCCCCUCCCUUCCUCCCCCCCUGCCCUUUGCUCUCCCCUCGUUACGCUCCCUUCUCCCCAUCCCUGCUGCCCUCUUACCACCAUCAGCCCAUCCCCACGACCAGCCCCCCUCCCACCCUUCAAUCCCCCCCUCCCUCUCUCUCUCUCUCUCUCUCUCUCUCUUUCUCACACAGCACACACACACGCACACUCCCCUCCCCCAUCCCCCCCCCACCUACAUCCUCCCAUUCUGCCCCUCCCUGCCCCUUUCCCACCCCCUCGCACGCCCCUCACCUCCCACCUCCGUGCAACUGGUUUCCCCCCUAUGGUGCCACCCUUGCAUCGCUCGCCCCUCUGCUCACCCUCUGCCCGCCCCUUUUCCGUGCCCUCAGUUGGCCCAGCCCCUGCCCGUUGCUGCCCCUCCCCUUGCCCCCUCAACUCCCCUGCCCCCUGUACACCCCAAGUCCCAUCCAACCGCCCCCACCCUCCCCCGGCUGCCCGUUUCCGCUCUCCACCCCCGCGACCGUGUGCGGCUUCCAACCGCCCAACGGUGUCACACCCCCUGCCCCCUCAUGCCAUCCGCUCCCCCCGCCCCUACCCUCCGCGUGCCCGCUCCCUUGCCGCCUCUUUUGACCCUCCCUGCCCCCCCUCGCCGUUUCCCACCGCCCGCCAUUCGCUCCUCCCCGCCCGUGCGCUCCCCUCCUUUACCUUCUCCUCCCCCCUCCCCUCCUCUGCUGCACGCCUCUUCCUUCCCCUCGCCGACCCACUCCACUCCCUGCCCCUCCUCAAUCCGCACCCUGCCCCUCGUAUCUCGCCCCCCUAUGCUUGGUUUCUCCCCUCCCUGCCCCUCGCCGCCUUUCCCCGCUCCCCACCUCCCCCCUCUCCCUGCCCCCCCCACUCUCCCCCCCCCUUGUCCUUGGCUUCCUACCUCCCUGCCUCACCUUUCCCCCCUCCGUGUGCUCAGCUUCUCCCCUCCCUGCCCCUCCCUCCUCCCCGCCCUGCCCCUCAUUUUCCGCCCCCCCCCCCCACGCCCGGUUUCUCCCCUCCCCGCGCCUCCCUUUCUUUCUCCGUGCCUCUCCUUUGCUCCCUCCCUGCCCCCGCCUGCCCAUGCCCCUGUCUUUGGCUUCUCCCCUCCCUGCCCCACGUUUCUUCCCUCCCUGCCCCCCGUCUGCCCCUCCCUUGUUUUCCCCUCACCCAUUGCUUCUCUCCUCCCUGCCCUUGAUUUCCCACACCCCUGCCCUCGUUUCCUAUCAUCCAUGCCCCUCCCCCUGCCCGUUGCUGCCCCUCCCCUUGCCCCCUCAACUCCCCUGCCCCCCGUACACCCCAAGUCCCAUCCAACCGCCCCCACCCUCCCCCGCUGCCCGUUUCCGCUCUCCACCCCCGCGACCGUGUGCGGCUUCCAACCGCCCAACGGUGGUGCGCACGGGGCGUUUCUUCUUCGCAUGGGCAAGCCUCCCCGGGGGCCCCCCACCCCGCUGGGUCGUUUCACACCCCCUGCCCCCUCAUGCCAUCCGCUCCCCCCGCCCUACCCUCCGCGUGCCCGCUCCCUUGCCGCCUCUUUUGACCCUCCCUGCCCCCCCUCGCCGUUUCCCACCGCCCGCCAUUCGCUCCUCCCCGCCCGUGCGCUCCCCUCCUUUACCUUCUCCUCCCCCUCCCCUCCUCUGCUGCACGCCUCUUCCUUCCCCUCGCCGACCCACUCCACUCCCUGCCCCUCCUCAAUCCGCACCCUGCCCCUCCUUCUCCCCUCCCUGCCCCUCCCUCCUCCCCGCCCUGCCCCUCAUUUUCCGCCCCCCCCCCCCCCACGCCCGGUUUCUCCCCUCCCCGCGCCUCCCUUUCUUUCUCCGUGCCUCUCCUUUGCUCCCUCCCUGCCCCCGCCUGCCCAUGCCCCUGUCUUUGGCUUCUCCCCUCCCUGCCCCACGUUUCUUCCCUCCCUGCCCCCCGUCUGCCCCUCCCUUGUUUUCCCCUCACCCAUUGCUUCUCUCCUCCCUGCCCUUGAUUUCCCACACCCCUGCCCUCGUUUCCUAUCAUCCAUGCCCCUCGUUUCCCCCCUUUGUACGUUCAGCCUCUUCCCUCCCUGCCCCUCCCUUCCUCCCCCCCUGCCCUUUGCUCUCCCCUCGUUACGCUCCCUUCUCCCCAUCCCUGCUGCCCUCUUACCACCAUCAGCCCAUCCCCACGACCAGCCCCCCUCCCACCCUUCAAUCCCCCCCUCCCUCUCUCUCUCUCUCUCUCUCUCUCUUUCUCACACAGCACACACACACGCACACUCCCUCCCCCACCCCCCCCCACCUACAUCCUCCCAUUCUGCCCCUCCCUGCCCCUUUCCCACCCCCUCGCACGCCCCUCACCUCCCACCUCCGUGCAACUGGUUUCCCCCCUAUGGUGCCACCCUUGCAUCGCUCGCCCCUCUGCUCACCCUCUGCCCGCCCCUUUUCCGUGCCCUCAGUUGGCCCAGCCCCUGCCCGUUGCUGCCCCUCCCCUUGCCCCCUCAACUCCCCUGCCCCCCGUACACCCCAAGUCCCAUCCAACCGCCCCCACCCUCCCCCGGCUGCCCGUUUCCGCUCUCCACCCCCGCGACCGUGUGCGGCUUCCAACCGCCCAACGGUGGUGCGCACGGGGCGUUUCUUCGCAUGGGCAAGCCUCCCCGGGGGCCCCCCACCCCGCUGGGUCGUUUCACACCCCCUGCCCCCUCAUGCCAUCCGCUCCCCCCGCCCCUACCCUCCGCGUGCCCGCUCCCUUGCCGCCUCUUUGACCCUCCCUGCCCCCCCUCGCCGUUUCCCACCGCCCGCCAUUCGCUCCUCCCCGCCCGUGCGCUCCCCUCCUUUACCUUCUCCUCCCCCUCCCCUCCUCUGCUGCACGCCUCUUCCUUCCCCUCGCCGACCCACUCCACUCCCUGCCCCUCCUCAAUCCGCACCCUGCCCCUCGUAUCUCGCCCCCCUAUGCUUGGUUUCUCCCCUCCCUGCCCCUCGCCGCCUUUCCCCGCUCCCCCCUCCCCCCUCUCCCUGCCCCCCCCACUCUCCCCCCCCCUUGUCCUUGGCUUCCUACCUCCCUGCCUCACCUUUCCCCCCUCCGUGUGCUCAGCUUCUCCCCUCCCUGCCCCUCCCUCCUCCCCGCCCUGCCCCUCAUUUUCCGCCCCCCCCCCCCCACGCCCGUUUCUCCCCUCCCCGCGCCUCCCUUUCUUUCUCCGUGCCUCUCCUUUGCUCCCUCCCUGCCCCCGCCUGCCCAUGCCCCUGUCUUUGGCUUCUCCCCUCCCUGCCCCACGUUUCUUCCCUCCCUGCCCCCCGUCUGCCCCUCCCUUGUUUUCCCCUCACCCAUUGCUUCUCUCCUCCCUGCCCUUGAUUUCCCACACCCCUGCCCUCGUUUCCUAUCAUCCAUGCCCCUCGUUUCCCCCCUUUGUACGUUCAGCCUCUUCCCUCCCUGCCCCUCCCUUCCUCCCCCCCUGCCCUUUGCUCUCCCCUCGUUACGCUCCCUUCUCCCCAUCCCUGCUGCCCUCUUACCACCAUCAGCCCAUCCCCACGACCAGCCCCCCUCCCACCCUUCAAUCCCCCCCUCCCUCUCUCUCUCUCUCUCUCUCUCUCUCUCUCUCUUUCUCACACACACACACACACACGCACACUCCCCUCCCCCAUCCCCCCCCACCUACAUCCUCCAUUCUGCCCCUCCCUGCCCCUUUCCCACCCCCUCGCACGCCCCUCACCUCCACCUCCGUGCAACUGGUUUCCCCCCUAUGGUGCCACCCUUGCAUCGCUCGCCCCUCUGCUCACCCUCUGCCCGCCCCUUUUCCGUGCCCUCAGUUGGCCCAGCCCCUGCCCGUUGCUGCCCCUCCCCUUGCCCCCUCAACUCCCCUGCCCCCUGUACACCCCAAGUCCCAUCCAACCGCCCCCACCCUCCCCCGGCUGCCCGUUUCCGCUCUCCACCCCCGCGACCGUGUGCGGCUUCCAACCGCCCAACGGUGGUGCGCACGGGGCUCACACCCCCUGCCCCCUCAUGCCAUCCGCUCCCCCCGCCCCUACCCUCCGCGUGCCCGCUCCCUUGCCGCCUCUUUUGACCCUCCCUGCCCCCCCUCGCCGUUUCCCACCGCCCGCCAUUCGCUCCUCCCCGCCCGUGCGCUCCCCUCCUUUACCUUCUCCUCCCCCCUCCCCUCCUCUGCUGCACGCCUCUUCCUUCCCCUCGCCGACCCACUCCACUCCCUGCCCCUCCUCAAUCCGCACCCUGCCCCUCGUAUCUCGCCCCCCUAUGCUUGGUUUUCUCCCCUCCCUGCCCCUCGCCGCCUUUCCCCGCUCCCCACCUCCCCCCUCUCCCUGCCCCCCCCACUCUCCCCCCCCCUUGUCCUUGGCUUCCUACCUCCCUGCCUCACCUUUCCCCCCUCCGUGUGCUCAGCUUCUCCCCUCCCUGCCCCUCCCUCCUCCCCGCCCUGCCCCUCAUUUUCCGCCCCCCCCCCCCCACGCCCGGUUUCUCCCCUCCCCGCGCCUCCCUUUCUUUCUCCGUGCCUCUCCUUUGCUCCCUCCCUGCCCCCGCCUGCCCAUGCCCCUGUCUUUGGCUUCUCCCCUCCCUGCCCCACGUUUCUUCCCUCCCUGCCCCCCGUCUGCCCCUCCCUUGUUUUCCCCUCACCCAUUGCUUCUCUCCUCCCUGCCCUUGAUUUCCCACACCCCUGCCCUCGUUUCCUAUCAUCCAUGCCCCUCCCCCUGCCCGUUGCUGCCCCUCCCCUUGCCCCCUCAACUCCCCUGCCCCCCGUACACCCCAAGUCCCAUCCAACCGCCCCCACCCUCCCCCGGCUGCCCGUUUCCGCUCUCCACCCCCGCGACCGUGUGCGGCUUCCAACCGCCCAACGGUGGUGCGCACGGGGCUCACACCCCUGCCCCCUCAUGCCAUCCGCUCCCCCCGCCCCUACCCUCCGCGUGCCCGCUCCCUUGCCGCCUCUUUUGACCCUCCCUGCCCCCCCUCGCCGUUUCCCACCGCCCGCCAUUUCGCUCCUCCCCGCCCGUGCGCUCCCCUCCUUUACCUUCUCCUCCCCCCUCCCCUCCUCUGCUGCACGCCUCUUCCUUCCCCUCGCCGACCCACUCCACUCCCUGCCCCUCCUCAAUCCGCACCCUGCCCCUCGUAUCUCGCCCCCCUAUGCUUGGUUUCUCCCCUCCCUGCCCCUCGCCGCCUUUCCCCGCUCCCCACCUCCCCCCUCUCCCUGCCCCCCCCCACUCUCCCCCCCCCUUGUCCUUGGCUUCCUACCUCCCUGCCUCACCUUUCCCCCCUCCGUGUGCUCAGCUUCUCCCCUCCCUGCCCCUCCCUCCUCCCCGCCCUGCCCCUCAUUUUCCCGCCCCCCCCCCCCCCACGCCCGGUUUUCUCCCCUCCCCGCGCCUCCCUUUCUUUCUCCGUGCCUCUCCUUUGCUCCCUCCCUGCCCCCGCCUGCCCCAUGCCCCUGUCUUUGGCUUCUCCCCUCCCUGCCCCACGUUUCUUCCCUCCCUGCCCCCCGUCUGCCCCUCCCUUGUUUUCCCCUCACCCAUUGCUUCUCUCCUCCCUGCCCUUGA